CGGCGGAUGAAACCCGGAACACGUUGCAGUCUUAGUUGCAUCAGACGGCGCUAAGGCUGAGGCGCUCAUGUGGCUCUGUGGAUGCUAACUAAGCUGACGUCUCUUUCUGUUUCGUUCAAAGAGAUGGCCACUCUCUACGUCUCCCCUCAUCCUGAUGACUUUAGGAGUGUUUUGGCUCUCAUAGCAGCAGAGUUCGGUCUGUCUUCCCGACCAAAGAUCGUAACAGAGGAUCCUCCUGCAUCUCUGAAUGCCCGCUCAAGGCCGACCCUGGUGCUGGGUACUGGGGAAGGUUGCUCUGUCCUGAGUGGGACCAGUGCUGUGUCUUGGUACUUGGCUUUUCAGGGCAAGAGGGCCGGUAUAGAUCUCAAGCAGCAGAGCCAGGUGUGGCAGUGGCUCAGCUUUGCAGACAAUGAGCUCAUCCCGGUGUCCUGUGCUGUGGUCUUUCCUCUGAUGGGGGUGAUAGGAGUGGAUAAAAAGGUCCAGCAGAGCUCCCAUGCUGAGUUGAUGCGUGUACUAAAGGUUCUGGAUCAGGCCCUGGAACCGAGAACCUUCUUGGUGGGAGAGAGCAUUACCCUGGCUGAUAUGGCUGUGGCUACAGCUGUUCUCCUCCCCUUCAAAUAUGCAUUGGAGCCGUCGAACAGGGAGGCCUUGACCAAUGUUACCAGAUGGUUCACAACCUGCAUUAAUCAGCCCCAGUUCAUGAAGGUGCUGGGGCAGAUCACUCUUUGUGAGAAGAUGGUGCCAGUAACAUUAAAGACAAAUGCUGCUGAAAAUACCAGUACAACAGCUGACUCUAAUGGUGCCACAGCUAACGGCCCACCAAAGACAGAGGCCCAGCUGAGAAAGGAAGCAAAGAAGAAGGAGAAGAUGGAGAAAUUCCAACAGAAGAAGGAAAUGGAAGCAAAGAAAAAGACGCAACCAGUAAAAGAGAAAAAGGCCAAACCUGAGAAGAAGGAAUUGGGAGUGAUUGCAUACAGUGUCCCGACCCCCGCUGGAGAAAAAAAAGAUGUCGUCAGUCCUCUUCCUGACUCCUACAGUCCUCAGUAUGUUGAGGCUGCUUGGUAUUCAUGGUGGGAGAAGCAGGGAUUCUUCAAGCCUGAGUAUGGGAGGAAGAGUAUUAGUGAGCCGAAUCCACGUGGGAUCUUCAUGAUGUGCAUUCCUCCUCCUAAUGUGACUGGAUCACUUCACUUGGGUCAUGCUCUCACCAAUGCUAUUCAGGACUCUCUGACCAGAUGGCACAGGAUGCGAGGUGAGACCAGCUUGUGGAACCCAGGCUGUGACCAUGCUGGCAUCGCCACCCAGGUGGUGGUGGAAAAAAAGCUGAUGAGAGAGAGAGGGAUGAGUCGCCAUGAGCUGGGCAGGGAAAACUUCAUUCAGGAAGUCUGGAAGUGGAAGAAUGAGAAGGGAGACCGUAUCUACCACCAGCUGAAGAAACUGGGCUCCUCUCUUGACUGGGACAGAGCCUGCUUUACGAUGGACCCUAAACUUUCCUAUGCAGUCCAAGAGGCUUUUAUCCGCAUGCAUGAUGAGGGAGUGAUCUACAGGAGCAAGAGGCUGGUCAACUGGUCCUGCACGCUCAACUCUGCCAUCUCUGACAUAGAGGUGGACAAAAAGGAGCUCACCGGCAGGACGCUGCUGCCUGUGCCUGGCUACAAGGACAAAGUGGAGUUUGGUGUCUUGGUGUCUUUUGCCUACAAAGUUGAUGGAUCAGAUGAGGAGGUAAUUGUGGCAACGACUCGUAUUGAGACAAUGCUGGGAGACACUGCUGUAGCUGUCCACCCUGCUGACCCAAGAUAUCAGCAUCUGAAGGGAAAAACGGUGCUCCACCCCUUCUGUGACCGCAAAAUGCCAGUAGUCUUUGAUGACUUUGUGGACAUGAACUUUGGAACAGGCGCUGUCAAAAUCACCCCAGCCCAUGACCAUAAUGACUAUGAGGUUGGAGAGAGACACAAUCUGACCUUCAUCAACAUCUUGGAUGAGAACGGCCUGCUCGUUAACGUCCCUCCUCCCUUCCUGGGCAUGAAACGUUUCGAGGCCAGAAAAUCAGUGCUUCAGGCGCUCAAGGACAGAGGCCUCUUCAAAGAGAUCAAAGACAACCCUAUGGUUGUCCCAGUCUGCAGUCGUUCCAAGGACAUUGUGGAGCCGCUGCUGAAGCCACAGUGGUAUGUGAACUGCACAGAUAUGGGCAAGCAGGCUGCAGACGCCGUCAGAGAUGGCAGCCUCAAAAUCAUCCCCGAUCACCACCUCAAGACAUGGUUCAACUGGAUGGACAACAUCAGGGACUGGUGCAUCUCUCGUCAGCUCUGGUGGGGUCAUCGAAUUCCUGCUUACUUCGUCACUGUCAGUGAUCCAUCUGUGAAACCAGGAGAGGACAUGGAUGGUCAUUACUGGGUGAGUGGGAGAUCAGAGGAAGAGGCCAGAGAGAAGGCAGCGGAACGCUUCAAUGUGUCUGUUGACAAAAUCACCCUCAGACAGGAUGAAGAUGUUCUGGACACUUGGUUCUCAUCUGGCAUAUUCCCCUUCUCUAUCUUCGGAUGGCCUAAUGAGACCCAGGACCUGAAUGUGUUCUACCCCGGCACCUUGCUGGAGACGGGCCAUGACAUUCUGUUCUUCUGGGUGGCCCGCAUGGUGAUGAUGGGCCUGAAACUGACAGGAAAACUGCCCUUCAAAGAGGUUUAUCUGCAUGCAGUGGUGCGGGAUGCUCACGGGAGAAAGAUGAGCAAGUCUCUGGGCAACGUCAUCGACCCUCUGGAUGUCAUUACAGGGAUCUCCCUAGAGGGUCUUCAUGCCCAGUUGAUGGACGGCAACUUAGAUCCUUUGGAGGCUGAGAAGGCAAAGCAAGGGCAGAAGUCAGACUACCCAAAUGGUAUCCCAGAGUGUGGCACAGAUGCUCUCCGCUUUGCCCUGUGUGCCUACACCAGCCAAGGGAGGGAUAUCAACCUGGAUGUCAACCGCAUUCUGGGCUACCGGCACUUCUGUAACAAACUGUGGAACGCUGUGAAGUUUGCCAUGAAGACGCUGGGAGACAACUUUGUACCAUCAGAGAAAGCCCAGUUGUCUGGAGAGGAGAGCGUAUCAGACAGGUGGAUUCUGUCCCGGCUCAGUGCUGCUGUUGGUCUCUGUGACGCUGGCUUCAAGGCGUACGAUUUUCCAGGAAUCACCACUGCCGUCUACAACUUCUGGCUAUACGAGCUGUGUGACGUGUACUUGGAAAGUGUGAAACCAGUGUUCAGUAAAGCAGAGGAAGACGGCACCAGCCAGAGACAAGCGCUGGUGUGCAGACAGACCCUGUACACCUGUCUGGAGGUUGGUCUGCGCCUUCUGUCUCCCUUGAUGCCUUUUGUCACUGAGGAGCUCUACCAGAGGCUGCCACGACGACAACCUCAGCGUGACCCCCCGAGCAUCUGCGUCACGUCGUACCCUGACACCGAGGAGUUCUGCUGGCACAGUGAGGAGGUCGACCGCGACAUGGAGUUCAUCAUGUCUGUGGUGAAAACGAUCCGAUCACUCAGGGCCGACUACAACCUAACAAAGACCAGAGCUGACUGCUACCUCCAGUGCAUCGACUCUGCAACCGCCUCGCUGGUGCAGAAAUACAGCCUGCAGAUUCAGACCUUGUCUUAUUCUCAAGCCGUCAUCCCGCUGAUAGCCAACCAGCCUGUCCCAGAGGGCUGCGCUGUGGCCAUCGCUUCUGACAGAUGCACCGUCAACCUUAUGCUCAAGGGCCUCAUUGAUGUGGAGAAGGAAGUGGCAAAGCUGAUGACAAAGAAAGGCGACUUGGAGAAACAGAUGGAGAAGCUAAGAGAGAAUAUGGCAAAGAGCGACUACAAAGAGAAGGUGCCAGCGAAGGUGCAGGAGCAAGAUGCAGAGAAGCUACGGCAGAGCCAAACCGAACUUGAGAAAGUGAAAGAAGCCAUGGACAACUUCAGGAAAAUGAUGUAACUGACCCUUUACCAUCAUGUAAAUCAAGAUGCGUUUCCACCUUUUUUCAUGUCAUUCUGUUAAUUUUUCAAGUUGAUCGUUGCGUGGAGGGACUUCAAUAAAGAUCCCAGACGAUUGUCUUCAGGGA